UCUAGUGGUAAAAAUAAAAAUUCAUGAAGUUUAUAAAUUGUGUUUUUAAAAUGUGCGCACACUGUCGCCGUAAAAUGGGAAUGGCAUCUCAGAGCAUGUGUUAAUGUCAAACAGCUGAUCUCCGCUGUUACGCGACUGAAUAAAAGUUUUGAUAUCAUUGUGGUUUAUUAAAACUAAUAAUAAUAAUAUGCUGCGUACGCUAGUGAAUAAUGCGCUACGCAGUGUGUGCCGUGUGCAGCCGGCAUUCAGCGUACAACAAACUCAACGUGCAUUUUUUGGCCAUUUGAUUUCCGCAUCUGCUCCUGCCCAGCGCCAGAUAAAUCUUUUACCCGCCAACAGCCUGACGCCGAUGCCGACACCGAAACUCUUACAGCUACCAGCUACAACAGCACAAUGCUCCGCUCGCAGCGUCACCAAGUUCUCGCUAAUCAAAGGCAAACGCAAAUCCGUCAAGGCGGUGCUGAAGCGUUUCAAACGCCUGGAUUGGGGCGCCUGGAUUCGCACACAUUCAGGCCGGCAGAAGAAACUGUUUAAGAAGUCCGCCGAGUUGCGCCGCCGUCUGCGUCAACACGUCUUCACAAAUGCCACACAGAGCUGGCUGCUGGACAAGAUGGUCACCAGCUACUGGCGUCGCCCCAAGCACUAUAUCGAUGAUCCCUAUGCUCCUUACCACAAACGCGACGAGUACUUUGCCACCAAAUCGAAGACGUUCAAAGUCUAAUUAAAUGCGAAACGUUUUUGCGUUUACUUCAAAAAUAA